GUACGCUACAUGUACGGUGGGUGCUAUGCUUACCGCCCGCAAUCCCCCUCAUACUUCGUCAAGGAAUCUCAACUUAGCAUCACAUCCAGCCCCCGGAAACACUGGCCACUUUUCAGCUUCGAUGGCGACAAAUGAGACUCCGGAGCUAAGCGCGUGCUCCACACCGACAGCAACCGCCAAGGUCUUCCCCCAGUCCAGUUUCUUCCAAGAGCGCAGAGCGCCCGCGCUUCCCUCGCCUGCAGAGAUCAGAACCUUGAAUGAGGCCUCUGGCGACUACCGUGCCGCAUCCUUCAACCGUCCGUCCCCCGUUCUCAUCCCAUCCAUGGGACUAGCCGUCAAGUAUGGAGCCGACAUUACUAUCGCCGAGGUCGAGGCCCAGGUAUUCAUGUUUGACCGACUACAAGGCCGUGUCCCAGUCCCUGAAGUCUUCGGCUGGGCUGAAGGUGGCGGCCAGUAUUUCUUGUAUAUGUCUCUGAUCGAGGGUGAUACUCUACAAGCAAGGUGCAGCACCAUGAAUGAAAGCGAACGGCAGGCUGUCUGCAAGGAGCUAAGAUCCAUGGUAAAUGCCUGGAGGGCUUUGACCCAGGAGCCAGACAGAUAUAUUGGGGGUGUAGGGAAGCGCCCGCUGAACGAUAUUUUCGUUGUUGGCCACGUGGACCGAGGGCGUGACGGGCCGUUCCUAGGCGCAGAUGCGGUACAAGAGUUCCAUGAUAUAUGUGGAAUCGACAUUGGCGGCGAUAUUCCGAUUACUUUUACCCACAACGAUCUUUGUCCCCCUAACAUACUCGUAUCGUAUGGCCCUAACCCAAAGGUUGUGGGGAUUAUUGAUUGGGCCCAAUCAGGAUGGUAUCCUUCGUAUUGGGAGUAUUGCAAGGCACGGCGGGUGGGCGUCGUGGACGAGGAUUUCAAUUUUGCCGUUGCAGAGGAAUCGCAUACCAUUUAUCAGCCUGAGGUCAUUGAUCCAGUGGAUAAUGAGAUGUUUUACCACCCCUGGUUGUAUUUCAUGUUGGCUAAUAUCUGAGACUAUUGCUCAAGUCAUCGU